UGUACCGAUGUACAGAAGUCGUGUACCGUGGUAAACCUUUCACAUUGGCGAACCAGCUCAAGAAUGUCUGAAAUUUGUGUUAUAAACAUAGCAAAGCAGCACGUGGAGAAUGAGAAGUUCUUACUGAGGAUUUAUCAUUGCUGUCUGAAAUAUUCUGUUGCCAGGUGAUUUCAACGGGAGGCGCAUCUUCACAAGGAGACACAGUAUUGACGCGGGUAGUUUAAAUACUGCCCUCGCCCAAUUCACAAGGACAUCAAAAAAGAAUAGGAAAGAAAAAAGAAAAUACGAGAACUCAGAAUCGGGAAAAGUUUCAGACGAGGGUGGAAAACCAAUCCGCGUUCUUGACCAGAUAUGGCAUUGCCACCUGAUUCAGUAUUUCGUGGAGUGGCAGCUGCGAUUCCCCAGCCGGCUUCUGAAGACGAUGUCCUCGAUCAGCUAGCAUUAUAUAUAACUGGGUUAACACUAUUCAACGAUGAAGGACCAAGGAUUCUAUAUCGGCACCCUGACAACGACCAGGAUAUUAGAGAGGCAGUGUUUCGGUGGGAUACGCGUCCCCCUGAAGAGAUUUUUCAUACAGGAUUUACUCCGAGGCCUCAAGAUUCGACUCGAGAGGAAAAUUACUACAACUUAGAGCAGUUUGUAAACGGUGGAGGAAGCCCUGCAGACACCUCACCUUUUGAUACUUCAGUGUUUGUUAGCACGACGAGAUCAGCCAAGUGGCGACCACUGGUCCCAGUAGAUUGCAUUCUUUAUCGGUAUCAGAUAUAUGCCCCAGGGGGGAUCGACGCUGUGCUAACCCUACGCGCACGAAAUAAUUACCCUAAUCAGCAGGAAAUUUCUUUUGCGGGUGGCAGUAGACCUCAAUAUAUUCGAUUUGCAAGUCCAUAUACUGUUAAUGUAGAGCCCGGUUGUCGAUUCCCAUUAUAUAAUAGACUCGGGAAUGACGUUUACAUUAACGAUGGCUUCAAUCCGAAUCCAACUUUGGACGGGCGGAUCACUCCGGAACUCCGUCUAAGAAAUCCAACAUGUCCUAGAAGGGGGCAGAGUCUGAUAAGAAUUGGCAAUGUGCGAAAUGCUGAAAAGAGAGAUGUCGAGGAUUAUGUCGACCCAGUUUGUCGUGUGAAACAUUACAUCGAGAGUGCAUUCAAUUUCAGCAACAAAGAAGAGGCGUACCUGUUCAUCGCUGACCAGUGCCUGCUAAUUAAUUAUGCUCCCGGCACCACCGAUGACCAAAUUAUGAAGGGACCCCUGAGCAUCGGCGAUGGCUUUCCCUACUUGGAGGAUACUAUUUUUGCCAGUGGGAUUGACGCUGCAUUUACUGCUUCCUCAAAAAAUGAGGCCUAUAUAUUUAGAAGUAAUAUAUAUGCACUCAUCAACUUUGCAGAAGAUGGUGGCUCCAUUAUCCAAGGACCCAAUAUAAUCACUGAUAGCUUCUACUAUUUGAAAAAUACCAAUUUUGAAAAUGGUAUUGAUGCGGCUUUUGCCUCUUCCCGAGAAAAUGAGGCAUAUAUAUUUAAAGGUGAUCAGUACGCGCUUAUUAAUUUUGCACCGGGCAUAACAAAUGACCACAUAAUUCAGGGACCCAAAAAGAUUACUCUCGGUUUCCCCUCUUUAGAAGGUACGAUUUUCCAGGAUGGUUUAGAUGCAGCGUUUUCGUCUACUGCAAAAAAUGAAGCUUAUCUAUUCAAAGGCGACACCUACGCUCUCAUCAAUUAUGCCCCUGGGACUACAAAAGAUUACAUUAUUAAUGGACCGAUCACCCCGAUUAGUGAAGGUUUCCACUCCUUAAAGGACAUCUUACCAAUGUAUCCAUGUGGCUGUUAAACUAUCACUUUAUUACUAAGUGAAAAUAAAGAGCUUGCUUUGCCAUUUGCAUUAUGUUAAAGAGCGAACUUAGCUUUGCUCUGCCAUUUGCAUUUGCUAAAGACUUUGUUUUAUUCUGUUCUGUCAUUUAUCUUUGUGUUACAUUCAUGUAUGAACCUAUUCUAAGGUCGUGGAGUUCUGAUGUAGGGGUGGAGACAUAAUAUUAACUUUAUGUGUAAGUUCCGGAGAAACUGGAAACUUAAUAAAUGUGUAUACUUAAGUGAAUACGGAAACUUAAUAUUGACUGUGUGUAUGAAUGUGUAUACUUAAUGAAUUUUUAAUGGUUGACAGUGAUGUAUUGAAAUCUAAUUAGAUUUUUCAUUUGAUUUAUAUA